GCAGGUGAGACGACUGGCCUGGGGUCGCUGGCAUGGCCGAGGCCAGGAAGCGGCGGGAGCUGCUUCCCCUGAUCUACCAGCAUCUGCUGCAGGCGGGCUACGUGCGCGCGGCGCGGGAAGUGAAGGAGCAGAGCGGCCAGAAAAGUUUCCUGACUCAGCCUGUAACCCUUCUGGACAUCUACACACACUGGCAACAAACCUCGGAGGUUGGCCGGAAGCGGAAAGCAGAGGAAGAUGCAGCGCUGCAGGCCAAGAAGAGCCGUGUGUCAGACCCCAUUAGCAGCUCGGAGAGCUCGGAAGAGGAGGAGGAGGAGGCAGAAGCCAAAACCUCCAAAGCCACCCCAAGACUAGCGUCUACCAACUCCUCAGUUGUGGGGAAAGUUUUGCCUUCAAGCAUGAAAGAAAAAGCCAAGGCAGAGACCAAGAAAGCCAGCAAGACGGUGAACUCCACACCACACCCUGCCUCUGGGAAGGCAGUGGCCCACCUCCUCUCUGGGAAGUCCCCCAGGAAAUCAGCAGGGCCCUUGACAAAUAUCAUCCUGGUCUCAGAAACUGAGGAGGAAGGCAGCGUCCCGGCCCUUGGAACCACUGCCAAGCCUGGAAUGGCAUCAGCAGGCCAGGUGGACAGCUCCAGUGAGGACACCUCCACCUCGAGCGAUGAAACAUACGUGGAGGUGAAACCCUCAGUAAAACCACCCCAGGUCAAAGCCUCGCCAGCCCCUGCCAAGGAGUCUCCAGGGAGAAGGGCAGCCCCAACCCCUGGGAAGGCGGGGAAUGUGACACCCCAAGUCAGAGGAGGUGCCGUGACCCCAGCCAGCAGUGCCAAGAAGCCAGAAGAGGACUCGGAGAGCAGCGAGGAGGAAUCUGAGAGUGAAGAGGGGGCCCCUGCGGAGAAACCCAGCCAGGGGAAGGCCUCGGAGAAAACUGUCUUGGCCAGAGCUGCCUCGGGUCCUGCCAAGGGGACCCCUGGGAAAGGAGCCACCCCAGCACCCCCUGGGAAGGCAGGGCCUGUAGCUGCCCAGGCCAAGGCAGGGAGGCCAGAGGAGGACUCGGAGAGCAGCAGCGAGGAGGAGUCGGACAGUGAGGAAGAGACACCGGCUGCCAAGACCCCACUUCAGCCCUCAGGGAAGACCUCCCAGGUCAAAGCUGUCUCAGUCCCCGCCAAGGAGUCUCCAAGGAAAGGCACCGUCGCAGCACCCUCUGGCAAGGCAGGGCCCGCGGCUGCCCAGGCCAAGGCAGGGAGGCCAGAGGAGGACUCGGAGAGCAGCAGCGAGGAGUCAGACAGUGAGGGGGAGGUGCCAGCAGCCGUGCCUCCAACCUCGAGCUCAGCUCAGGCGAAGCCCUUGGGGAAGAACUCCCAGGUCAGAGCCGCCUCGGCUGUGGGCUUGGGGCCCUCAGGGAAGGGUGCCGUCCCAGGACCCCCUGGGAAGGCAGCGUCUACAGCCACCUUGGCCCAGGUGGGGAAGCGGGAGGAGGACUCGGAGAGCAGCAGCGAGGAGGAGUCCGACAGCGAGGGGGAGGCGCCAGCCGCCGUUGCCCCAGCCCAGGCAAAGUCCUCUGGGAAAAUCCUCCAGGUCAAAUCUGCCACAGGUCCUGCCAAGGGGCCGCCUCAGAAGGCAGGGCCUGCAGCCACCCAGAUCAAGGUCGAAAAGUCCAAGGAAGACUCAGAGAGCAGCGAGGAAGAGUCGGACAGUGAGGAGGAGAUGCCCGCAGCCAUGACUCCAGCCCAGACAAAACCAGCUAUAAAAACUCCUCAGCCCAAGGCCUCCCCAAGAAAGGGCACCCCCGUAACUCCCACAAAUGCCAAGGUCCCCCCAGUGCGAGUGGGCACACCAGCCCCCUGGAAAGCAGGAGCAGCAACUUCGCCAGCCUGUGCGUCAUCCCCAGCUGUGGCCAGGGGUGCCCAGAGGCCAGAGGCAGACUCUUCAAGCAGCGAGGAGUCAGAGAGUGAGGAGGAGAAAGCUCCUGCCACAGCAGCUGGACAGGUGAAGUCUGUGGGGAAAAACCCCCCAGUGAAAGCUGCCUCAGCACUCACCAAGGCGCCCUCAGGGCCAGGGACCACCCCAGCACUCCCUGGGAAGGCAGGGCCUGCGGUGGCCCAGGUCAAGGCUGAGGCGCACGAUGACUCGGGGAGCAGUGAGGAGGAGUCGGACAGUGAGGAGGCGGCAGCGACUCCAGCACAGGUGAAGGCCUCAGUGAAAACUCCUCAAACCAAAGCCAGCCCAGCUUCUGCCAGAGCGGCUUCAGCCAAAGGGGCAGCGUCAGCUCCCGGAAAAGUGGUCACUGCAGCUGCUCAAGCCAAACAGGGGUCCCCAGCCAAGGUGAAGCCACCAGCAAGAACCCCCCAGAGCCGUGCCAUCUCGGGGAGGGGCCAGGUGGCUGUGCCAGCUGGGGGAAAGGCAGUGGCCGCAGCAGCCCAGGCCCAGCCAGGGCCAGUCAGGGGCCCAGAGGAGGACUCGGAGAGCAGUGAGCAAGAGUCGGACAGUGAGGGGGAGGCGCCUGCUCAGGCAAAGCCCUCAGGGAAGACCCCCCAGGUCAGAACUGCUUCAGCCCCCACUAAGGGGUCCCCCAAGAAAGGGGCCGCCCCAGCACCCCCUGGGAGGACAGGACCCACAGCCACCCAGGUGGGGAAGCAGGAGGAGGACUCGGAGAGCAGCAGCGAGGAGGAGUCAGACAGUGAGAGGGACGCGCCUGCUCAGGCGAAGCCCUCAGGGAAGACUCCUCAGGUCAGAACUGCCUCAGCCCCCACCAAAGGGUCCCCCAAGAAAGGGGCAGCCCCAGCACCCCCUGGGAAGACAGGACCCGCAGCCACCGGACCCACAGCCACCCCAGCAGGGAAGCGGGAGGAGGAUUUGGAGAGCAGUGAGGAAGAGUCGGACAGCGAGGGGGAGGCACCUGCUCAGGCAAAGCCCUCAGGGAAGAUCCCCCAGGUCAGAACUGCCUCAGCCCCCACCAAGGGGUCCCCCAAGAAAGGGAUUGCCCUAGCACCCCCUGGGAAGACGGGACCCACAGCCACCGGACCCACAGCCACUCAGGCAGGGAAGCGAGAGGAGGACUCGGAGAGCAGCAGCGAGGAGUCAGACAGUGAGGGGGACGCGCCUGCUCAGGUGAAGCCCUCAGGGAAGACUCCCCAGGUCAGAACUGCCUCAGCCCCCACCAAGGGGUCCCCCAAGAAAGAGGUUGCCCCCGCACCCCCUGGGAAGACGGGAUCCACAGCCACCCAGGCGGGGAAGCAGGAGGAAGAAUCAGAGAGCAGCAGCGAGGAAGAGUCAGACAGCAAGGGGGCAGUGCCAGCAGCUGUGACACCAGCCCAGAAGGAAGGUAACUCCCAAACUGUCCGAAGCAAGACCCUGGCCCCAGUACUCCCGGAGAAGAAGGCAGAGUCGUCGUCAGAGAGCAGUGACGAGGAGCUGCCGGCAAGCCAGGUGAUUAAACCCCCUCUGAUUUUUGUCGACCCUAAUCGUAGUCCAGCUGGGCCAGCUGCUACCCCCGCGCAAGCCCAGGCUGCAGGCGCCCCAAGGAAGGCCCGGGCCUCGGAGAGCACAGCCAGGAGCUCCUCCUCAGAAAGCGAGGAUGAGGACGUGGUCCCCGCUACGCAGUGCUUGACUCCUGCCAUUAGAACCAACGUGGUGACCAUACCCACGGCCCACCCAAGGACAGCCCUCAGAGCUGGCGCUGUUGGGGCCAGCAGUGGUGAGGAGUCCAGUCGGGUGUCAGAAGGCAAGAAGCAGGAGGCAUCAGUCACCCAGGUGACAAAGAAGAACCCAGCUGACCUCCCGCUGACCCAGGCCGCCCUGAAGGUCCUUGCCCAGAAAGCCAGUGAGGCCCAGCCUCCUGCUGCCAGGACCCCGUCUUCAAGUGGGGUUGACAGUGCUCUGGGCACACUCCCUGUGACGAGUCCCCAGAGCACCCCUGUUCCGGCCAAAGUGACCAACAAGCCCAGAAAGCCCAAGGUUCCUGAGGUCCGGCGGGCCUUGGCCACUCCCUUGGGACACUCCAAAGCCAAGGCCUCUGGACCCUCGGAUGACAGCGAGGACAGCAGUGGCAGCUCUUCAGGGAGCAAGGAGGAUGCUGAGGGGCCCCAUAACCUGGUAGGUGCAGCCCCCUCCAGGAGGGAGACCUUGGUGGAGGAGACCACAGCAGAGUCCAGCGAGGAUGAGGUGGUGGCGCCUUCCCAGUCUCUCCUCUCAGGUUAUGUGACCCCUGGGCUGACUCUGGCCAAUUCCCAGGCUUCAAAGGCCAUUCCCAGGCCAGACUCCAACCCUUCAGUUUCCUCUAUUCCGGCCACCAAAGAUGCCCCAGACGGCAAGCGAGAAAUGGAGCCCCAACAAGCAGCAGCCACCAUGUCCCCUCAAACAGGCAGAAGGGAGGCUAGCACCACACCUCAGAAGACCCGGAAGCCCAGGAAGGGGGCUGGGAGCCCCCAAGCCUCAACGCUGGCACUGCAGAGUGACAUCACCCGCCGCCUCCUGAGCGAGCCCUGGCCCCUGAACGAGGCCCAGGUCCAGGCCUCGGUGGUGAAGGUCCUGACGGAGCUGCUGGAGCAGGAGAGGAAGAAGGCCGUGGAUGCCGCCAAGGAGAGCAGCAGGAAGGGCCAGGUGGGCCGCAAGCGGAAGCUGUCGGAAGACCAGCCGGCCGCCAGGACCCCCAAGAGCAAGAAGAAGAAGCAGCUGGCGGCCGGGGAAGGUGGGGAGGCUGCUGUUUCCCCAGAAAAGGCCCCCAGGACUCUCAAGGGAAAGUCCAAGAGAGACCGAGCAAGUGGUGACAUCAAGGAGAAGAAGGAGAAGCCAGAAGGGGAGCCGGGGACGGUGGAGGUUGAGGAUGGAGACCCAGGCAACACGAAGAGCAAGAAGGAGAAGAGGAGAUCCGACAAGAGAAAAAAGGACAAGGAAAAAAAGGAAAAGAAGAAGAAAGCGAAAAAGGCCUCAACCAAAGCCCCUGACGUACUAACCCAGAAGAAAAAGAAGAAGAAGAAGAAGACAGCAGAGCAGACUGUCUGAGGGCGCAAGGUGGGAUUUCUCUGCCAAGUGGUGACCAGCCCCAUGCCUCUGCCCUCUGCCCACCAUGGGUUGGUUGAAUUUUUAACUUCCCCUCCCUCCCCAGAAGAAGACGGCUAGCCGCAGUGUCUGUGCUGGCUGAGCCGGUGAGCCCUGCAGAGAGGCUGCUCCAGGAAGAGGAGGUGCACCCAGCUCCCGUGACCUCCACUCACUGGCCCCCUGCCUCCUGUUCCAACAGAACGCCUCGUAGAGAUGUGUACAGUAUAUAUAUUUUUUUAAGUGACCUGCCCCUCCCCCCUCCAGCCCAACAUGCCCAGAGGCCUCCGGACUUGCCACCUCUUUGCCCUGCAGACCCAGUGAGGCCCAGCCUGUGGCUCCUUCCAUGUCCUUGGUCUCCAGCUGAUGCUGAGGCUUUGUCCUCCAUUUGUCAGUUUUUCUGCAUUUUGUUCGUGGUUUUUUUGUAAGAACUCAGAAAAUAAAAGACUCGAAGGAAGGGUA